CCUCGGCUUUGUUUACAUGGCGGCCUUUGUUCGCUGAUCCGGAUCAUGUCGGAGGAGCAGGAGGAGCAGGAGGAGCAGCUGCCGGGCGGCCGCAGCCUGCUCGCCGCCGCGGAGCUCCAGCUGGCCGCCGCCGUGCAGGACGUCCUCCGCCUGCUGCGGGAGCGCUGCGGGGCGGAGCUGCGGGAGCUCCGGAGGCUGCUGACGGAGCGGCUCUCCUCCGCCGUGGAGCUCAUCCUCACCGCGGUGCAGGAGAGCCGGGAGCCGGAGGGAGGGCUCCGUCUGUCCAUCGGCCUCUGCAGUCAGGAGUCUUCACCCAGUGCCUCGUCCACACAGGAGGAGGUCUGUGAGCCGGAGCGCCGGCCCGGCCCCCCCGGCCCCCCCGGGCCCCCGGGGGCCCCCCUGCAGGAGGAUGAGCAGCGUGGGGCGCUGCCUCACUGCUGCAGAGUGUGCCACAAGUCGUUCGACGGGGAAGGGUUCCUGAUGAAGCACGUGGAGAAGCACGUGUUUCCGGAGUCGCAGUGUGUGUGUGGCGUGUGUGGCGAGCGGCUGCAGUCCGGCGGCGCUCUGCGGCUGCACCUGCAGAGUCACCGCGACCGCAGCCGCACCUGCGACGUCUGCGGGAAGAAGUUCCCGUCCGUCCGGGCGCGGCAGACGCACCGCCGGCUGCACACCGGCGAGCGGCCCUUCGUCUGCGCCGUCUGCGGCAAAGGCUUCAACCAGAAGGGCAACAUGGCCACGCACAUGCGCACGCACACGGCGGACAAGCCCUUCAGCUGCGGCGUCUGCCGGCGGGCGUUCGGCCACGCCGGCUCGCUGGAGCGCCACGUCAAGAUGCACGACGGACACCCGCCCUUCGGCUGCGACGCCUGCGGGGAAACCUUCAGCAAGAGCGGCGAGCUGAGACGCCACGCUCAGAAGCACCGGGCCGCCCAGCCCCCCGGUACCGGGGGCCGCCGCCGCCCCGGCCCCGCCUCCGCCCCGUCCCACCGCUGCCUCGUCUGCAGCGCCACCUUCCACGACCCAGGGAACUUGGCGCGGCACGCGGAGACGCACCUGGACCGGGACGAGGCGGCGUGCGGCGUGUGCGGCGAGCGCUGCCCCUCCCCCGAGGGUCUGCGGCUCCACCUCCAGACUCACGGAGACGGCGGCGGUGGCGGGCUCAAGCCCUUCAGCUGCAGCCACUGCGGCAAAGACUUUCCCCGCAAAGGCUCCCUGGAGCGCCACGAGCGGCUGCACGGCGGCGAGCGGCCCUUCAUCUGCGAGUUCUGCGGCAAGACCUUCAUGGAGAACGCCGUCCUGAAGAGGCACAUCAAGAGCCACACCGGCGGCAGGCCGCGCAUCUACUCCUGCGACGUCUGCGGCAAGAAGUUCACCAUGAGCCAACAUCUGGACGUGCACAAGAGGAUCCACACCGGCGAGAAGCCCUACAGCUGCCGCGUCUGCCGCAAGGACUUCCGGCAGGUGGGCAACCUGGACUCCCACAUGAGGAUCCACACCGGCGAGAAGCCCUUCAUCUGCAGCCUCUGCGGGAAGCGCUUCCGCCAGAAGGUGUCGCUGGAGACGCACGAGCGCUUCCACAAGAAGGAGAAGCCGUUCGGCUGCCAGCUGUGCCGCAAGGGCUUCGUGCAGAAGAUCGACCUGAAGAGACACAUGCUGACGCACACCGGCGAGAAGCCGUACGGCUGCGCCGUCUGCGGCAAGCGCUACCAGGAGAAGCGCUCGGUGGACGCGCACAUGAAGGUGCACGCCGGCGAGCGCCCCGGGGGGGCCGCCGCCUCAGAUCCCAGCCUGAAGAGAGCUCAGGAGGAACAUGCAGACUUCAUCCAGCUUCCAGCAGGGGGCUCCACGGCUCCUCCACGGCUCCUCCGGACCGGAAGUCGGAGUGUUUACGUCUCCGUCCCGGGCUGCAGAGAGCGGAGAAGCCGCAGAAUGUGCGCCGUGCAGCUGCUGCGGGCGUCGGUCCAUGAGCGGAUGGGCGCCGCCGCCGCAGACCUCCUGCUGCGGCUGGAGGAAGGAGGAGAAGCGGCGGAGCUCCCGGCGCUGAGAGCGCUGCUCCCCGAGCGGCUGGCGGCGGCUGCGGAGGAGAUCGUCGCUCUGCUGGAGGAGACCGUGGCGGAGUACGAGGAGCGGCUGGAGCGCUCCGAGCGGGAGCUGCGGGGCCAGAGGAGGCUGCUGGACGCCGUGCUCCAGCCCCGAGUGCUGCUGAGCAGAGCAGAGUUCCAGGCUCCAGACUCGAACCUGGAGCCCUCCCCGCACCGUCAGGACCUGGAGCCCGUCGGCAGCGGGGCGUCCCGCUCGCCCUCCCCGUCCUACCAGCCGCUGGCCGAGGCCAGCAGCGACGGCGAGCCGGACGCGAACCCGACGGGAAGGAGUGCCGUCAGACCGCCGCGGAGGAAGAGGCGGGGCCGGAGCGGGCGGCGGCGCUCGGCGCCCCCGCAGAGCUACAGCUGCCUGGUGUGCGGCCGCACGCUGCAGGGGAGGGGCUUCCUGCUCCAACACGUGACGCGGGCCUGCGCCGCCGACCCGGACGGCCGCUGUGGAUACUGCGGCGAGCGGCUGGAGUCGGCGGACGCGCUGAGGCUGCACCUGCAGACGCACAGCGAGAACAGCAAGACCUGCUCCUUCUGCGGGAAGGCCUUCCACUCCAUCCUGGCGCGGGAGCUGCACGAGCGCCUGCACACCGGCGAGAAGCCGCACGGCUGCCACGUCUGCGGCAAGGCCUUCAGUCAGAAGGGCAACCUGGCCUCGCACCUGCACGUGCACGCCGCCGAGAAGCCCUUCAAGUGCACGGAGUGCAGCCGCGCCUUCUGCCACGCCACGUCGCUGCAGCGACACAUGGAGGAGCACGCGGCGGCGGCCGUGCACUCUUGCGGCGUGUGCACGCAGCAGUUCAGCAAGAAGAGCGGCCUGCGCCGCCACAUGGCCGCGCACCGCCAGGACGGCGGCCCCGGCCCCGGACCGCGACGCUUCCGCAGCCCGGCGCCGUCGUACCGCUGCAAGGCGUGCGGCGACGCCUUCGAGCGCAGGAGCCUGCUGGUGAAGCACGCCGAGACCCACCUGCCCGAGCCGGACCGCGGCUGCGGCCUCUGCGGAUGCCGGUACGAGUCCGCCGACGGCCUGGCGGCUCACCUGCGCUCCCACCGGGACGCCGGCGGCACCUGCGACACCUGCGGGAAGAGCUUCCCCGGACAGUCGGCGCUGCAGAUGCACAUGCGCAUCCACACCGGCGAGAAGCCGUACGCCUGCAGCUUCUGCGGAAAGACCUUCAACCAAAGUGGCAACCUCAAGACGCACCUGAAGAUCCACACCGGCGAGCGCGCCUUCUCCUGCAGCCUGUGCGGGAAGGGCUUCACGCAGAAGCAGACGCUGGACACGCACGUGCGCUUCCACAACAAGGAGCGGCGCUACCUGUGCCAGGUGUGCGGCAAGGGCUUCAUGCAGGAUGUGGACCUGAAGAGACACAUGCUGAUCCACACCGGCGAGAAGCCCUACCGCUGCCACGUGUGCGGCAAGAGCUUCCAGGCCAAGCGCUCGCUCAACGGACACCUCAAGGUCCACCCGGGGGCCGAGGGGGGCGGGGGGGCCGAGGGGGGCGGGGCCCAGCACAGCCUGCACAGGACGGACGCUUUCUAUCCAGGACUCCUGCAGCUGUGACGGUCUGCUGGUCACAUGACUCCGACUGUUCCUGUGAGGCCUUCACGCCGGAAACACAACACAUCAACUGUGUGUGAGAGAGAGAACAACGGAAGGGAUGUGAGCUUCAUGUUCCCCACUGGGAGGAGGGGCUCUCUGUAGGCCAGAUCAGACUGGAUUCUAACAGAAAUGUUUCAUUCCAUCAAAUUAAAAAGAAUUUAAAAAAG